GUCUUUUCCCACCUCAACGCCAGCAAAUACCUAUACACCCUCCUGUGAGGCUUAACCUCCCUCCUCCACGGACUGCCGCUGCCCACGCGCCUCCGAAAUCCUCCGAUCCCGGUGGCGAUCUUAGGGCGGCGCUGCACUUUUCUCUCAACGUCGCCUGUUGGAUACUCGCGUACUAUGUCUCAGGCUUAAUUGAUUGCGCCUGGUGGGUAUUGAGCUUGGAGAUUGUAGACAUAUACUCCGCUAUAGGUGUUGGGUUAUUGAGGGGUGGCGGGUAGCUUCAGCUUGAGGCAUAUAUAUACACGAUGCGAUUAUUUCCGUUAAGUUCCAGUUCUUCCAAGGAGCUGAACGGAAAUGGAGAGAAAAGUAGCACUUUAUUGUACCUAAAUGUCUACGAUCUUACAACUAUAAACAAUUACCUGUAUUGGUUCGGCCUUGGAGUGUUUCAUUCUGGUAUUGAAGUACAUGGUAUGGAAUACGGAUAUGGAGCCCAUGAUUUCUCAAGUAGUGGGGUUUUUGAAGUUGAACCACGAACCUGCCCAGGUUUCAUAUUUAGACGCUCAAUACUGCUAGGCAGUACAGACAUGUCUCCUUCAGAAGUUCGUUCAUUUAUGGAGCAACUUUCUAGAAAAUAUCAUGGGGAUUCUUAUCAUUUAAUCGCCAAGAAUUGCAACCAUUUCUCUGAUGAAGUCUGUAUGCAACUUACUGGAAAACCAAUUCCUGGAUGGGUUAAUCGCCUGGCACGUGUAGGCUCUUUCUGCAAUUGUCUAUUAUCAGAAAAUAUUCAGGUUACAGCUGUCAGGCGUCUUCCUGAUAGUCAAACAUGUGCAGUUGAUGAGACAGAUUCUGGUGCAUCAUCUUUAACAGAGCUUAGUGAUGGGGAGGAGGUUGACCAUCAACUUCUAACUGGACGAAAUAGUGAUGUGUCAUUUUUGAACCAAAAAUCGGUCAUACUAUCAAAAGAGCUUGUUUAACAUUACCCCGCUCCAAACCAUGUUUUCCUCUCCAAUUCAUUAAACACCUCACAGGAUUCCUGUUAUUUGUAUGAGCCGUGCUGUUAAAUGUAGUUGUGUAUAUCUUUCAUCUCGACUAAGCUUAAUGAGUUGCUUCAGUAUUCAGUAUCCAAAUCUGUAAUUGUAUGACUUGCCAAUUCUAUCAUCCUACUUUUUGGAUUUUAUGUUUGGCAUGUCUGAAGAAACUGGUACGAAAUUGAAGGAUGUGUUUUGUUCAAGUU